AUGGCAGCAGAAUUUGAGGCGUUCUUAAAACCUCACACACAACGCGUGCAGCAGCUGAAGCAGCUACUGCAACAGCAGCAGCAAGGUGAGCAGAUUCAGCAGCAGCAGCAGCACCGGCAAACGGCACUACUUCUACCUGAUGUGCAGGAAGCACUUGUACGUGUCCUGUUCCCAGCAGCAGUUGCCAACACGUCAGGCAGCAAAUGUGUUGUUGCGCCAAUGCCGGCUACUGCUACAGCACCAGCUGCUGCUGCUGGAGCAACAGGAAGAAGCCGGCUGCUGCGCUCUGUCUACUUCGGCGGGGGAACGCCGUCCUUGAUGCCACCAGAUAUGCUGCAGCAGCUGCUGCACCAAAUUAAAGCAUUUGAGGCUGAUCUGCAGCAGCUGCUGCAGCAGCAGCUGUUGCUGCAUGACGCGCUACGGGGGAACCUUCCUAAGUCUACACAAGGCGCCCUACGGCGGCAGCAACAACAGCAGCAACGGCAGCAGGAAAAACAGCCUGAGGUGUCAAUUGAGAUAUACCCAGGUGUACAGACACUCCAUGAACCAACUCUCAAAAUCCUGGGCAGGUACCCGGCAAGCAUCGCGAACAGCAGAAGCACCAGCAGCAGCGGCUGCAGCAACAGCAGCAGUGGCAGCAGCUGCGAGAACGGCAGCGACAGCAACAGCAGCUGCAGCAGCAGCACCAGCAGCAGCAUGGUGCCUAGCCACAGUCGGGACAGCCUGCAUGCGCUGCGUUUGCUGCGUCGCUAUGGUUUGCUUCAUCGGACUUCUGUUGAUAUAAUUUUUAGUGUACAGACACAGCAGCAGUUGCUGCGAGAGCUAGGGCUGAUGACGCGUCUUUGUGUUGGUCAUAUAUCUUUAUACGAGCUCCAAAUGGCCGCAGCAGCAGAACAAGAAGCAGUAGCAGAAGCAGCAGCACCAGCAGAAGAUAGCUCUCGAACGGAGAGAGAGCUGAGCACACGUCACGGCCAAGCAGCAACAGCAACAGCAGCAACAGCAGCAGCAGCAGCAGGUGCAGACACUCUCAGAUGUACUGGGGCGGUGGGACGUUCUUUGGGUUUGGCAUGGGUGCAUCUUCCUUUCUUGCCUUCUUACAAGGCACUAGUGCAGCGAGCAGCAGCACAAGAAGACAUGCAUGCAGGGCUGCGGGCUCAUGGUAAGUGCACAACGGGCCUUACGGGGUGGGCAUAUACGCGAAUGCAGGAGCUGCUGAUGCUUAGUCUCCGCACCUCCGAGGGUGUUAAUUUAAUGCAUCUUCUCGCCCUCACUAAAGCAGCAGCAGCAGCGGCAGCAGCACGAAUUCAAGACCCAGCAGCACGAGCUGCUGAGGUUCAAAAUGCAGUGAGGAUUUUGCUGCAGCCAUCAGCAACAAUGGAGGAAUUGCUGCGCUGCAGCGCGGCUGUUGCGGACUGCCAGACAGCUGAAUAUUCAGCAGCAACUUCAGCAGAUGCAGGUGUGAUGACAGGUGCAACAACAGUAGCAACAAGUGACGGAAAUGGGGUAUUGCUGCUGCUGCGGCAGGUGCUUCCUGCGGUGUUGUCGGGUGCUGCUGACUACCUGCGUCGCCCUGAAGUGGCGGAAAUCCGGGUGUACGUGCACCCUAAUCCGCAGCUUUCCUCUCAGGGCCCCAACAGCCCUUCCGACAGUAUUAUCCAUCAACCCUUUGGGGCUGCAUGCGCCGCAUUGUAUAAGGAGCUAAGGGAGGAAGUGGCUGACUUGCUUAAGACGGAGACGGAAGGGCAGUGGAGGUUGAGGAUAUUAGCAAGUGAAUCCCCUACAGCAGUGGCAGCAAAGGCAAUGCGGCUUCUUCACAUGCUAAAUAGACACCGCUGCAGCGCCAAUAUUAGCAUUAGCUGCCGGCUGGUGCUACAUGCGCCCGAUGGGCUGAUGCUGAGUGACGCUGUUUCGAGAGACAUCUUUGUACACCUGGAUGGUAUAUGCAAGCCCAUAGAGGCAUUGCUGCAAGAGGAAACAUAA